GAUACCAGUUGUAUUCCCAGUGCAUAGGGAGUUUCACUUAGCUCCCAAACCAGAGAGCCACCGUCUCUAAACACCCCCUUUGCACCGUACGAUACUCGCUAAUUCUUCCGUUCCUGUUGUCCUUUCAUGGCUACUAAAUCGGGAAACUCAUCCACCAUCUUAUAUACUCCCCGUUCCUCGCUCGCCACAUCACCAUCAACAUUCCACCAUCCCCUGUGCACCUGCACCACCGGACAGAGCUCGCCUCCUCGGCUCCUCGCCAGUAGCCCGCCUGAUCAGCUCGGUUCUCUGAUCCGUAGAUCGGCCGGCCAUGGACGGGAUUCCCAGGAAGCGGUACGGCUCCAAGGGCAAUGCCCACCAGGGCGCGGCGGCCAGCAGCAGCUCGCCGGGCAAGCGCAAGGGGAAGGCUGCUGCAGGUGGCGGCGGCGGGAAGAAGAAGCCGCCGAUCAAGGUGGUGUACAUCGGCAACCCCAUGCGGGUGACGACCAGCGAGGCGGGCUUCCGCGCGCUGGUGCAGGAGCUCACCGGCCGCCAUGCCGACCCGUACAAGUACAGCGGCAGCGGCAGCGGCAGCGGCAGCGCCGCGGUCGACGCGCCGACGACAGCAGCGGGGGCAGCCCGGUGGGGCCGCAAGGCGGGCGCGCUGCCCAUCAGCCCCGUCAGCACCCCGUCGUCGGACGCCGCCUCGGCCGCCGGCGCGGCGCAUGCCUCGUCGUCGGUGCCGGCGGCUUACGACGACGACGAGGACAGCUUCGCGGCGCAGCUGAUCGACAACAGCUACUCCGUCUUCUCGCCGCCGACGUUCCUCUACGGCCCGCACGGCGACGGCGAGCUGAUGUGAUCCCAAUCGCGUGGUAGCUCAUGAUGUAUGCGUGUCUUGCAUCUCGCAUGAUGAUGAUCUGUAUCGUAUAUGCGCGUACGUGCAGGCUCGAUCCUAGGCAACAGGUAAUAGAACUGAAUUCUGUACGCUCUUGUCACACACUGCCAGCCACCGGCAAAGUGUACUGCACUAAGCUACUGUAUGGUGUGGGCGCCACAUAAUCCAAUCUGCAUCGCUUGGGGGUUAUUGGUGUGGUUUUGUAAUGAUGAAAUGGUAAUGGGCCGGGGUUGGUCAGGUGUUUGAGAGUCAA